AGCGACGGAGUCCCCAUCAGGUCGGCAAGGAGAUCGCAAGGGGUAUCAAUACCGGGGAUAUUAAGUUCUUCGAUAAGCAUCUGAGCAUGUUUCCUUCGGAUCUGGUUUAUGGCUGGUACACACUCAACAAGCCCAAGAACCGGCUCGACGUGGCCGUCAUCGAGGCCUCGGCAAUUACCGAGGACGGCGGCAUCAUCCCCGGUGCCUCGGUGGGCGCCUCCCCCGAGUUCGUCCAGAUGGCCGACAAGAUCAUCAUCGAGGUCAACACGGCCAGCCCCUCGUUCGAGGGUCUGCACGACAUCGUCAUGUCGGACAAGCCCCCGCUCCGCAAGCCCUACCUGAUCAUGCAGCCCGAGGACCGCAUCGGCACCCCGCACAUCCCCGUCGACCCGGAGAAGGUCGUCGCCAUCGUCGAGUCCGACUACCCGGACCAGACGCAGCCCAACGCCCCGGAGGACGCCGGCUCGCAGGCCAUCGCCAGCAACCUGAUUGAGUUCCUCAAGCACGAGGUCAAGCACGGCCGCCUGCCCCAGAACCUGCUCCCGAUCCAGUCGGGCAUCGGCAACAUCGCCAACGCGGUCAUCGGCGGCCUCAGCAAGGGCGGCGCGGACUUCACCAACCUGAAGGUGUGGACCGAGGUGCUCCAGGACUCGUUCCUGGACUUGUUCGACAGCGGCAACCUCGACUUCGCCACCGCGACCUCCAUCCGCUUCUCGCCCGACGGCUUCAAGCGCUUCUACGACAACUGGGAGCGGUACGCGGGCAAGCUCCUCCUCCGCCCGCAGCAGGUCUCCAACUCGCCCGAGAUCAUCAGACGGCUGGGCUGCAUCGGCAUGAACACCCCCGUCGAGGUGGACAUCUACGCCCACGCCAACAGCACCUGCGUGAUGGGCUCGCGCAUGCUGAACGGCCUCGGCGGCUCGGCCGACUUCCUGCGCUCCAGCAAGUACAGUAUCAUGCACACCCCCAGUACCCGGCCCAGCAAGGUCGACCCCACCGGUGUCAGCUGCAUCGUCCCCUUCUGUACCCACAUCGACCAGACGGAGCAUGAUCUGGAUGUUGUCGUCACUGAGCAGGGUCUCGCCGACGUCCGUGGCCUCUCCCCCCGCGAGCGCGCCCGCGUCAUCAUCGACAAGUGCUCCCACCCGGACUACAAGCCCAUCCUCACCGAUUACCUGGACCGGGCCGAGUUCGAGUGCCUCAAGAAGGGCAUGGCGCACGAGCCCCACCUGCUCUUCCAGGCGUUCAAGAUGCACCAGAAUCUGCAGGAGAAGGGCACGAUGAAGAUCGAUUCUUGGGAGUAAACCAAUCCUUUGGCCUCGUGUCUUCUGUACUAGGUGGGAAAGAAAGUGUAGGCUUGGGAUGGAUGGAGUCUUUCUCUUGGAGAUCAUUUGGGGAAUGUGGAUAAUACCAUAAUAAAUCAUAUCCUUUUGUAUUGCAUCGUAUCCGAUUGGGUUGUAGGGUGUGUUUGGGGUGGGUUCCCGGGCUUAUGUACUGUACUGUGUAUGUCGGUGUGUGCAGGUAUGCGAUUAUCUUGCUAGCAGCAAAAAGAAUCACGG